AUGUUCAAGUGUGAUGUACAGAUUCCACGAUGCUCAACUUGCCACAAGCAAAAUGAGCAGUGCAAUAUUACUGACCGUGUGACUUACACGUACGCUGCUGUCAAAAGCCUACAAGACCGAAUCAUUGAGCUUCAGACCAGACUCGACGGUGUUUCUGAAGCCACAGCAAGCCAGACUGGUCCGAUAGCUGGACCUGGCCAGUUCGAUGAUGUUCGCAAAGAGGCCGAGGAGAUUGGUGUUCUUGCAAUUGGGAGGCCGAGCGGCUACUCAGAGAGAAUAUACAUGGGCAGUGCCACUGGCUCGACCUUUGCUCGCAUUUUCUUCAAGCAGAUUAACCUGUCGGGAUCGUCAUCAGUCGCGCACUAUGGUCGCCAAGAAUCCUCCAGUCACGAUCACGAACUCGUCCGAAACAACGCUGCACUCCCGCCGCAGCCAGUCGCAAGAUAUCUCCUGACAACAUACAUUAGUCGCAUACAUCCAUGGUGGCCGUUCAUAUCUCUUCCCUUCUUGAGGAGUAGUCUUGCAAGAAUCUACGAGGAUCCAGCCAGAUGCACAUUGUAUCAAAAGUUUCUGAUUCUCAUGGUGCUAGCCCUCGCUUCAGCAACUUGCACAGAAGCCCAGGAGUACCGACGGAUGAUGGACUUGAACAGCCCAACAGACUACUUCCAGACAGGCCUACAAUUCUUUUUGAACAUACACGAUCACCCGAGAGAUCUGCAAGGCCUUCACUCCGUGAUCUUGCUGUGCUUAUGGAUGUUAGGAUCAAACGUUAGAAAUCACGGCGAUGACGUUUGGCAGAUGAGUCGAUAUACCAUGUCAACAGCCAUAGAGAUGGGCCUUCACCGACGUUCCGUCACACCGGGCGACCUAAGUUCUGAUGACCGGGAGAUCCGGAACCGGACGUGGUGGUGUGUCUACGCACUGGAAAGACAGGUAGCGGUCAUAACAGGCAGGGUACUCUCGGUCAGAGAGCAUGCUAUAGAUGCACCCAAGCCAUCCGCCAGUACUCUCGACGAGCUCACAGAUCAAGAGGGUCGUGCGGCGCCCUCGUUCCAGAAACUCAAUGUGAAGCUUUUCAAUCAUCUGAUGAAACUACGUCAGAUCGGUGGGCGUGUCCUUGAAUCCAUCUACAUCGCCAGAGGCCCUGAUGGGCGAGCAUCAAGAACCACAUUUCAGGAAAUAUGCAACGAAGUUGAGAAAAUCCAGCAAGAAUUAGAGAGCUGGAAACGAGAAUUGGAAGCCCUAGACUUCAAAGGAACGCGCGAGUACUCCGAGAUGAAGAUUGAAUAUGGACUUCUCCUGCUACUCAUGUAUCGACCAUCUCCCACUUUCAUGAUUCCUUCCAAAGAAAUGGCUGAGAUAUGCUCUCGGGCCGUGUCUGGAACUGUUCAGCAGUGGCAGAAGCUGGACUUUCAGUAUGGAAUCACUGCCGUUUGCCGCUGCAUACGGCAAGUGCAUUCGAUCCUCAUGGUAGGACUGGCAGGCUUGUACUGUGACUGGCACGUGAAAGCGAUGAAUCAAAGUCCAGAUUCCCCUCUUCUCUACUCCCAUGGAAGCAAUGUGGCAUUAUGCAUGGAUCUCAUCGAACGCGGAACUGCCUGGAUGAAAGAAGAAGGCCUGCUGAAGUAUCGCGAUCUUCUCCAGGCAGCAAGAAUCAAAGUAUAUGGCCCAACGACGUGGGAGCCGCCAAUUACUCAAACUGAACCUACAGAUGCCUCGCCAGUAGCUCCUGUGAACGCAUCAAGUGCACUUGGCCUUCUUGGUGCAGACAGUACGCAGUCCAAUAUGUUCUUCCAAGGCGAUGAAUUGGAAACGUACAUGAACCAAGUCACGGGGUAUUUUGACAACGCUCAACUGGGUUUAGACGAGGGUCUCACUGCUUGGUUUGAUACUUUCAUGCACGAGUUCCAGUCCAACAGAAUAGGGAACUUGGGUUAA